AGCAAGUGAGAGAGGGAGAGAACAAGGAAAGGAGGAAAUAACUUUUUGGUACUCAGCUCAGCAAGGAUACAGCCAGGCUGGGGUGCAGUCAGUAGCUGGUUUUCUGCUAAUUCAGCCUGUUUGUGGGUCGUAUUUGGGGACUGCGAUGCCGUGCUACACUGUGACAGUGUCCACCGGCACACAAUGGUUUGCAGGCACAGAUUCUUACAUUUACAUCACUUUGGUAGGAACGGAGGGGUGCAGCGAAAAGACCUUACUGGACAAGCCUCUCUACAAUGAUUUUGAGAGGGGGGCGGUGGACUCAUACGACAUUAAAGUAGCGGAGAACCUCGGGGAAAUCGUGUUUGUGAGCAUCGAGAAAAGGAAGUACUGGGUGCAAGAUGACUGGUACUGCAGGCACAUCACUGUCAAGACCCCAAGUGGAGACUACUUGGACUUCCCCUGUUACAGAUGGGUUCCCGAUGAAAAGGAAGUGGUCCUCAGAGAUGGCCGGGCACGAUUGCCGCAAGAUGACAAAACCAGACUGGUGAAACAGCACAGACGCAAAGAGCUGGAAACCAGACAGAAGAUGUACAGAUGGAGGGAGUGGCAGCCAGGGUUUCCUAUGAGCAUAGAUGCCAAUACUCACAAGGAGCUUCCAAGAGACAUCCAGUUUGACAGUGAGAAAGGAGUGGACUUCACCCUCAACUACACUAAGGCGAUUGAAAACCUCUACAUAAACCGAUUCAUGCAUAUGUUCCAGUCCUCCUGGAAUGAUUUUGCCGAUUUUGAACGGAUAUUUGUGAGGAUCAGCAACACCAUCUCAGAGUAUGUGAUGCAGCACUGGCAGGAGGACUUCAUGUUUGGAUAUCAGUUUCUCAACGGCUGCAACCCUGUGAUCAUCCAAAAGUGCACCCAGCUCCCCGCCAAGUUCCCUGUCACUCACGAGAUGGUGGAAUUCUGCCUGGAGCGAGAUCUCACUCUGGAAGAGGAGAUCAAGGCAGGGAACGUGUACAUUGCAGACUAUGACCUCAUGGAAAACAUCACGCCCAACGGUACAGACUCCUGCACACUCCAGUACCUGGCUGCUCCAAUCUGCCUGCUGUACAAGAACACGCAGAACAAGGUCCUGCCAAUCGCUAUUCAGCUGGAACAGAGCCCUGGGGAGGACAGCCCAAUCUUCCUCCCGAGUGACAGCAAGUGCGACUGGAUGCUGGCGAAGAUCUGGGUGCGAUCGUCCGACUUCCACAUCCACCAAACCGUCACGCAUCUCCUGCGCACCCACCUGAUCUCCGAAGUCUUUGGGAUAGCGCUGUUCCGCCAGCUUCCUGCUGUCCAUCCUGUGUACAAGCUGGUCCUACCACAUGUCCGUUUCACCAUUGCCAUAAACACCAAGGCCAGGGAGGAGCUGAUCUGUGAAUGCGGCCUCUUCGAUAAGGCCAAUGGUACGGGUGGUGGAGGCCAUGUUGAGCUGGUGCAGAAGGCCAUGAAGACAUUCACAUACCAGUCACUGGUUUUCCCAGAAGCCAUAAGAGCCAGGGGAAUGGACAGCCAGGAGGAACUUCCUUACUACUUCUACAGAGAUGAUGGAAAUAAGGUCUGGGAGGUUGUCAAAAGCUUUGUGGGAGACAUUGUGAAGAUCUACUACAAGAGUGACGAGGUGGUGCAGGAGGACGAGGAAAUCCAGGCCUUCGCCAAGGAUGUGUGCAGCUUCGGGAUGCAGGACCUCGAUUACUGCGGGUUUCCAAAAUCUCUGCAGAAUCGCGAGCAGCUGAUCGAGUAUUUGACUGUCAUCAUUUUCACCGCCUCUGCACACCAUGCAGCCGUCAACUUUGGCCAGUAUGAUUGGUGCUCCUGGAUCCCCAACUCUCCACCCACCAUGCGGAAACCCCCACCCACAAAGAAGGGCGUGGCAACGAUCCAGGACAUCAUCGAGAGCCUGCCCGAUCGCGGCCGGUCCUGCUGGCACCUGGGGGCUGUUUGGGCCCUUAGUCAGUUUCAGGAGAAUGAGCUGUUUCUGGGCAUGUAUCCAGACGAGCAUUUCAUUGAAAAGCCAGUGAAGGAGGCCAUGGAGACGUUCCGGAAGAAGCUGGCGGAGGUGUCCCUUUUAAUAAAGGCCAGGAAUGAGGGCAAGAAACUGCCGUACUAUUACCUGAGCCCCGACCGCGUCCCCAACAGCGUGGCCGUGUAGUUGAGCUAGCGUGGCUGUGUAGUUGAGCUAGCGAUCGCCUCUCUGCUGCGUGGCUGUGUAGCCGAGCUAGCGAUCGCCUCUCCACUGCGUGGCUAUGUAGCCGAGCUAGCGAUCACGUGGCUGUGUAGCUGAGCUAGCGUGGCUGUGUAACUGAGGUAGCAAUCGCCUUUCCGCUGUGUGGCUGUGUAGCUGAGCUAGUCUGGCUGUAUAGCUGGGCUAGCGAUUGGUGCUCAGGAGUGGGUGUCUGUCAUAGUUUGUGAAACCAUCAGGGAAUCUUUGGAUAUGUGAACAUUGGUAUCAACAAAAAAAUACAUAGUGAGGUUUCACAUUUGCACUCAUUCAUUAAUUCAUUUUCCAUUUUAGAAGUGCUGUCACAGAAGUGCUGAAAAUUAAUAACUGUCAAUUUUUGUUUUGCUCUGGAUGAGACCACUAGAGCACAAUAAUGUGAGCACACAUAUUAUAUUGCCUAUUGCUAAGCAACAAUUUCUAUUUUUAAUUGAAAAUGAAAGAAUAACCACUUCUUCAGUCUGUUUCAAAUUUUGUUACAGAAGUUGUUACACUUUGCUUGCAGUACAGAAUGCAUGCUAUAUGUUUAAGCGUUUUGAAUUUCUGUGCAUUUUCCACAGUUGCAAUAAAUGCGUGUGAUAGGUUAAUUCAGGUAAGAGGUAAAUAUUUGAAUUGUGCUUCCCUAUCUCCCUAUCUGUGUUUUACAUGCACAGUCAUACUGCUCCUAUAAAUAAAAGCAUUGAAUGUAAUUAAAAUACA